AUUAGCAGUUUGUUGUGCUAGCAAAGGCCUUAGAGACAGAUAAGAGAGUUUUUACAUCUAAAGCAUCAUUCUGGAUAUUUUCUAUUGAUGGAAAAGAUUGCUAAAGAUGUUGGUGAUAUCCAGUCCAGACUGUUGGACCACAGACCUGUUAUCAGUGCAGAAAUCCGCUUCUUUGUCAGAGAGUUUGAGGAGAAACGAGGCUUGAGGGAGAGUCGGCUGCUGGAGAACCUGAACAAAACGGUGCAGGAAGCAAACAAGCAAAUGUUGCCCACUAAUUUAGAGGAGAUAAGCCAGAAGCUAUCCGACAUCAGUAAGCGCUUGGAGGCUGCUAAUCACAUGGCAAAGAGAGUCCAGCAGAGGGAGGUAGAGGCACAGCAGAACACCCAGAUGGAGGCAAACAUGGACAAACUAAAAGAAGACUGGGCGGAGUUUCUUAAGGAGCAGCAGAGGUUGAAGGAAGAGGUGGAUGAGGAGCACGCUAAGGCUGUUGGAGAGCUCAGCAUUCGCUUUAAUGAAAAGAAGAAGGACUUGGCACAAUUUUCUGUCUAAUCACUUUUCAAUUCUAAGAAUACUUUGUUUUAAAGAAUUCAUUUUGCUGGUCUAUCCCAUUUAGUGCUGGCAGAAAGCGAGCCCAAACGUCAGUGUUGAUGAAUAGAUCAGAUUUAUUGAUGAUAUUUCUGUAACCUGUGAAGCCCCACCAAUGUCUGUAAGACUUGGUGAUCAAUUAAGCUCAGGUUGAAAGAAAAUCUAAAUUUAGAUCCAAAGCAUGACUUUCCAUAAUUAAUUUAUUCUAAGCUAAACUAAUUGUAGAACUUGUUACUAUGACUCUGACUUCCUGUGUGAGAGAUAACUGUCCUUAAUAGAAAUCCUUCUUAUUUUACAGUAACAAUUUUGUUUUUGCUUCUUGAUCCCCUUUUUUGUGUAUAUUAAAUAUCAUUUGUCUCAUGUCCAGUAAUAUAUUUUUUUUUAUUUUUACCUUUUGCAGCAUAAUAAAUUCAAACUGACAUAAAAUGUUUCAUAGCCACCUGAAGUUUGAAAAAAAAAAAAAAAGCUAUUGUGAAUAAAUACAUGCAGAACAAAAUUACUUAAAUUAUGCCACAGAAAAUGUUUGCAAUCAUUUGUGCAAAAACCUUUUUCAACAUUUGGUCAGCAACUGGUCAAGCUACAUGGGCAACAUCAGAACCUAACAGCCUUUUAAAAAAACAUAAUGGAUCAUCUGACAUCCAGUUUUUAUAGUCUGCAAAAGUGACAAUUAUUCUGUAGAAAACGCAUAUCUUGAGUACCCUUUGCGUAUAUGAGAAUAAUUUCUAUUUAAAGUCAAUUCAGUUAACUAAAAUAAUUUCCCUUUGUUACAAAAAGAAUUCAAGAUUAUUUGUAAAGGCUUUUUUCAAUAUCAGAAGUUAACAUAAACUUGAAGCAAAUUGUUAAAUCCAAAUACAAAUGUAGCUUUAUAAGGUUCAGAUAGUUAAAUCAAAGGCCUUGGUGUAUUUAAAGCUCUAACAUGAUGCUUCUUUUUGUAAAAGCAUUGCAUGAGGCAAUCCAAAGACCAGUGGUUCAUGUUUAAGUCAACUCAAUAAUUUAUUAAUCCCUAAGAAAAAUUCAUUAAAGGGAUUUUUAGUGUGUCUGUGCACAAAAAACAUGCAGCGCAAUGUUUAAUGCAAAAAAAUCAGGAUAUUUAAAAAUAAACUUUGCAUUAAAGUGCGCAGCAAUCCAUCCAAACCGUACUUUUUAAAUCAAAAAUGAAAAGUUAAAUGCAACACAAUAACAUGAAAUAACAGUGUUCUGUUCAUUUAAAAUGGAGUGAUGGAACCUGAUGUGUUUUCAUUAGUUGGACUUGAUAUGAUUUAAACUUUAAUGAUGAAACUUUAUCAAAUUUAUUCUCAUACAACACCAAAAAAA